CCUUGGGUUCCUCCGCAGCUCCGCUCGAGCGGCCGGCCAAAUCCCGCACCCCACCUUUCCCUCUCUGUUGUCUUUCUUCUCAAAUUUAUCGAAGAAAAAUUCCGGCGAGAGAAGAUAAUUUUAUUCCCGGGAUAGAGGAGAACAAGAUUGGGAGAGAGGAAGCAAGAGAGAGCUCAUGGCUUCCCUAUUUGCCUCCUCGAAGCUUCUCUCCACCCGGUCUCCUCCUCCCUCUACUUCUCCUUCGUCUCUCCUCUUCUCCCCUUCUUCACCCUCUCUUCCAUCCCUCUUCCUCUCGUUUCCAGUCCAGAGGAGGAGCAGAUGCCGUUUGAGGGUAGUCCGGGCCCAGGACCCUGACGCCGUGGCCGCCGGCGGCGAUUCCAAGCCUCCCAAUGGAAAUCUGCCCAAGAGCAGGAGGGACAUUCUAUUGGAAUAUGUUAGAAAUGUUCAACCAGAGUUUAUGGAGUUAUUUCUAAAAAGGGCACCACAACAGGUUGUUGAAGCCAUGCGCCAAACUGUGACAAAUAUGAUUGGAACGCUCCCCCCUCAAUUUUUUGCAGUAACUGUUACCACGGUAGCUGAAAAUCUGGCACAGCUUAUGUAUAGUGUCAUGAUGACUGGCUACAUGUUUAGGAAUGCACAGUCCCGUUUGGAACUGCAGCAGAGUUUAGAGCAGAUCGCUCUUCCUGAUCCGGAAGAUAAGAAGGAUGUACCUGAUUAUGCACCUGGCACACAGAAAAAGGUGAUUGGAGAGGUUAUUAGGUGGAAUGAGGCUACAGGCCCUGAGAAAAUGGAUGCAGUCAAAUACAUAGAAAUGCUUGAAGCAGAAAUCGAAGAAUUGAACAGCCAAGUUGCAAGAAGAUCCACAAAUGGACAGAAUGAACUUUUGGAUUAUUUGAAAUCCUUGGAACCUCAGAAUUUGAAGGAACUGACAAGUAGUGCUGGAGAGGAUGUUAUUUUUGCUAUGAACACCUUUAUAAAACGCCUUUUGGCAGUUUCAGAUCCUGCAAAAAUGAAGACCACAGUUACAGAAACAAGCGCUCCUGAACUUGCCAAUCUGCUUUACUGGUUAAUGGUAGUUGGCUACAGCAUUCGCAAUAUUGAAGUGCGCUUUGACAUGGAAAGGGUGCUGGGUGCUACUUCUAAGCUUGCUGAGCUGCCACCAGGGGAGAACAUCUGAAGACACAGAAGCAGCUAAUUCUAAUGAAAGUGAGAGUAAAUGGCUGUGAGAAUUGCCAUGGUGUAGUGGAACCUCAAGCUUUAAAUUAAUUCAUUGACCACCCAGUUUAUGUACAUGCUUGGUAGCCACAAAGCCUAUGUAUUCGUUGGCAUCCUGAAGGCUCCAUCAACUGUCUUUAUUCUUACAUUAGUAGCAGAAGAGGAAAGAAAAUUGGGCCUCUAUAUGUAUAACAAUGCAAGAUUUAAAGAUUUUUGAGGUUUUACCUGAUUGAUUUAUAC